AAGCUCCCAGAUUGGACCAAGGAGCUUAAAAAGGGUGGAAUAUUUAAUGAUUUCACGGGCAUUUUCACGGCAAUUUCUCCCUCAUUGUACAACUGUGCACACAGGGAGUGUGUUCUGUGUGUGUAAUCUGUGAUCCGACCUUCCCUCGUCAAAGCUUCCGACAGAUUUUUGCCUUUUCCCACAUAAGACAAACCAUAAUUUCUGUAACAACCACCCACAUUUUUUUUGUUCAUUAAUUCCCUCAUUAUAUUACAGCACUGGAUUAUAUUAGUGAAAAAAAGCCAAAAAGAAAAGCUAAACAAAGGGGCCAAAAGUCUUAGUUCUUGAAAUCAUGGAGAUAUUGUAGUGGAUGGAGAAUAGAAAGUCAAGAUUCACAUGCUAGUUUGGAUUUGUAUAUAGUAUAUAUUCGUUUGGGAUGGAUCUGAGGUUUCCGAGUCAAAGAUAGAGCUGCAAUGCAGGUGAGAAUUAAAAUUCUUUAGCCCUUUUUUCAUCCAUUUGCAUUUGAGGUAGUAUGAAAGGAGGAGAAUUGGGUUGAUCAAAGAUUCUGUUUUUAUCCAUCAGGAGCCAAAAAAGAGUGUGUCAGUAUUUUAAAGCUGAAGAUUGAAAAAGAGCUGUGUUUUGUGUCUACAUCAUCAUAUCAAGCUUUUGACAGCUUGGCUGAGAUAUAUAUAUAUGUGUUGAGGUGAAUCCACUGGGCAGAAUUUGAAUAAGCCUUUGAAUGUUUCUAUGAAAUUUGUGUGAUAGAAAUAGUACAGAAUAUGCCACAAGACAGGCCGAGAUCUGUGUUAUACAGAUCAUUUCUGACGUGUGAUGAUCCUAGGGGUGUAGUUGAAUGCAAUAGGAUUAGGAGGUCCAAGACCGAGCUCCCGAAGAUGGUGGAUGAUGAUAAGCUUGUAAAACGAGGAGUUCGUGAAGGUAUGAGUGUGAAGAAAGAACGCGAAGAAAGGGUGUGCCAAGGGUCUGCAGAUGAGUUAAACGCCUCGUGUUCUGUCCAGCUCAUGGAGGUAUCGAGAGGAGCUCAGAAGCUGAGUCGAGUGAUUGAGUCGUGGUCGAAGGGAGGUGGGUUAGACGGGAAGUCGAAGGAGGUUGCUAAGGACUUGUUGAAAGGAGCUCUCGAUUUGCAGGAGUCUCUUGAAAUGCUCGAGAAGUUGCACGAGGCCUCGGAGUUUAUGGCAAAGAACAAGCCAAGAAAAGAGAGGAGUGGGAAAGGCGAGUUGAGAAGCUCGGGUGUUGAAAGGACUAAAUCUGAACGAAUUGUAGGGGAUCAAAAGUACAAAAUGGAGUUCCACAAACCGAGACAUUCUAUUGAUGGAGGGGCGUCUUGGGAUUGUUACGAUGAGCUAAGGGAGGUGAUAAGGGACAGCUUUGCUAGACAGAACUUGUUGCCAGAAAAGGCGAGUUAUGGAAGUAGAGAACUCGACUUUUCUCCAGACCUCCCAUCCACUAGCUCGAGCCAAUCCUCUUAUGAAAAGCGUUGUUUCGAUAGAAGACAAUUGCUUUCAUCUCCCGAUCUCCCCUCUACUAGCUCGAGCCAAUCGUCCGUGUUUCAACCCCACGAGUUUUCUUCUUUUGGCACCUCUCUCCCAAAGGCUCAACCGUUGAAACCAAAAGCACCGAAUUUGAUUGCAAAGCUGAUGGGUCUCGAGGAAAUCCCUUCACAGCCCCAUCAGUUCACUUCCCAGAAACAGAUGGAGAAAGACAGGCUUUCCAAUCAGACGAGACCUGCAUUCGAAAUCGAUUUGCCAAAGGCAAAGAAACCCCCUAUUGAGAACAUGGAUACAAAGCAAAGAACUCUAGAAGAAAUUAUCGGGGCUAUGCAAUUCAAGGGGCUACUAAAAAGCUCCCCUUUUUACGAAUCAAAGCAUGGAAUCCAUCAGCCCGUUGUCUCAGAUUUGGAAAACGAAGUUGAUCAAUAUUGUGAACCCAUUGUGAUCAUGAAGCCCCAAUAUUCUGUGAACCCCAAAGAUAUGCCUACAAAUUGGAAAAGAAAAGAAUUCACAACUGAACCCACCGGACAGCCAAAAGGAGCUCCUAGUCUCGCUGUCAAGAAAAACUCGAGAGCAGAAAAAACUGAAGUGACCAAUUCUACGCGUGAAGGAGGGGCUAAACUAGCAAGUUCAAAUGACAGUGGGAUCAGGAUUACGGGAAAACUAUCUUCUAAUAGAACAAUCAAUCCUGCGAAGCCUAGGGGGCAAGAGAAGAAAGAAGUUAUCGAGAAAAGGGUUGAUAAGAUUCAAAAGAUAGCUCCUAAAACGAGGAAAGAAGAAAUGAAGAAUGUGAAAUUUAGGGAGGCCGUUAAACCGCAUGGCUUAGAGAAGGUGACCUCUGUCAAGCUUAGGAAACAGGAGACUGUGCCAAAUAUAUCGCAAAAACAAGUUACUCAGCAAAAGAGCAUGGCCUCAAAUCUUACUCUAAAUCAUGCUGCUGUGUCUCGUAACUCCAAAAAUAAGAAGCAUAUGAAAAAAACUGACAAGCCCGAAAGAAAUUUCUCUGUACCUAUUGUUGAGAAUCUGGGAGACAAUAAAGCACAGAUAAACCUUAAAUCCGAGAAAGAGACUGAUAAAACAGAAAAUGACGAUGAAGUGCCAGAAAAGCUCCAUCUUGAGGAAGUGUGUGAUGUUUCCCAGACUCUCAUCAUUGAUGAUCACAGUGAAGCUGAAAGUCUUUCUUGUGUCUCCAAGGAAUGUGAUCAGUAUUGCAUCGGUCCCAAAUCAAACCUCGAAGCCGAUACUAUAAAGAAUUUGCUUCUAAGCAGUACAUCUUUCCUCAGUCAUGCUGAAGAGCUUUUCGAUAUUUAUGCAUGGCAACCUGUAGAGUUGAAGCCCGAUAGCUCACACAACGAAACCCCCGAGACUAAACUCUUACUGGAUUGUGCAAGUGAAUUACUAGAGAGCAAAAAGUUGCAGAAGAAAGCUAUUAGGUCACAAGAACAUAUCUCGCUAGACAAGUUGGUGGGUGAAAUUUGUGACGGGAUAGAAACUCUGAGAAGCUACAAGGAUCUUAUUACUGCAACUCUUUCUGCAGACACCCUUUUUGCAUUGGUCGAGAGAGAUCUGCAGUGCAACGUAGCAGUUAGCGGGGCGUGGGAUUUGGGUUGGAGGAAAGGGUUCACUUACGACGAAGUUGAGAAUGUAGUGGCUGACAUGGAGAAGCUCGUCUUAGGUGGGAUUCUCGAGGAUGCACUUGCAGAUUUUGCAUGGCAGUGACUUUGUGUACACAGAUUUAUGAACAGCAAAUCUUAACUUCUAAGCUGUAAAUAACUAUACACCUACUGAUACAAAGAUGCAUCUAAAUUUCACCCCCCUUUAUUUAUUGAUUCAUUUGGAGGUGCCAAA